AUGCCUUCAUACGUCAUCACAGGAGCAUCCCGUGGAAUCGGCUUCGCGCUACUUGACCAACUAUCCGAAGAUGCAAACAAUGUUGUAGUUACUAUUGUUCGCAACAAGGCUGCGACCGAAAGUAAAAUCACCACGGAGCUCCCAGGAAGAAAAAACAUCUUCGUCCUGCAAGGUGAUCUCACCGACGUGGAAUCUAUUAAAAAUGCUUUUACCGAGACCAAGAAGCUUCUUGGAGAUAGUCUCGAUGUCCUGAUCGCCAAUGCGGGAUACAUCUCUGACUACUCUGGUUUCCUUCCACUCAGCGAACUGGGCUCAGAUACUAAAGCUCUAGACGCGGACCUGAACCAGCUGUUCCAAGUAAACGUAGUGGGCAACAUCCACCUCUUCAACAUCUUUCUACCCCUCAUCAAAAACGGCCAGGCCAAGAAAAUCGUAACCAUCUCCUCGGGCAUGUCUGAUGAGAAACUCACACUGGAAAUCGGACUCUUCGAGGCUGGUCCGUACUCGAUCAGCAAAGCGGCCAUGAACAUGGUGAAUGCCAAGUUCCAGGCCGAGUUCAAGAAAGAGGGCAUUAUCUUCAUGGGUGUGUGUCCUGGUAGUGUUGAUACGGGGCAUUAUGACAACCCUCGCGAGAAUGCGUAUGCUGAUUGGAGAUUGUUGGCAGUGUCUCCUGAGGAUUUGCAGAGGAAUAUAGCUAUGGGUGGGAAAUUUGCUGGCUAUGCGCCGGGGUUUAAAGGCUGGGCUACUCCUAGGGAUUCGGCGCGCGAUGUGUUGAAUAUCGUUCAGAAGGCCACGAUGGAGGCUAAUGGUGGUCAGCUGGUAUCUCAUUUUGGGAAUAAGCAGUGGCUUUGA